GGUUGUCAGUGAGCUUGGCUUACUGCCUCCGACCCCGAGCGCCGUCCGCGCUAUGGCCGCCCCGCCGCAGCUGAGAGCGCUACUCCAGGUGGUCAACGAACUGCUGCGCAAUCGCCGCUACCACGCUGCGUUGGCUGUGCUUAAAGGCUUCCGGAAUGGGGCAGUCUAUGGAGUCAAAAUCCGGGCCCCUCACGCGCUGGUCAUGACCUUUCUCUUCCGGAGUGGCAGCCUCCGGGAGAAACUGCAGGCCGUUCUACAGGCCACGUACACCCAUUCGAGGAACCUGGCCUGCUUUGUGUUUGUCUACAAAGGGCUCUGUGCCCUGCAGUCCCACAUGCAGGGCGAGACCUACCAGGCGCACUCAUUCCUGUCUGCCGUCAUCGGGGGCUUGCUGGUGUUUGGGGACAACAAUAACAUCAAUAGCCAGAUCAACAUGUACCUGACAUCACGUGUCCUGUUUGCCCUGGGCCGUCUGGCUGUGGAGAAGGGCUACAUCCCGGAACCCAAGUGGGACCCAUUCCCAUUGUUCACUGGGCUGGUGUGGGGGCUGGUGAUGUGGCUCUUUGAGUACCACCAGGCCACACUGCAGCCCUCGCUGCAGUCUUCCAUGACCUACUUAUACAAGGACAGCAAUGUGUGGCAUGACAUCUCAGACUUCCUCAUCUACAACAAGAGCCGCCCUGCCAAGUAACACGACCAGAGGCACUUAUGGGGGCUUCCGCACCUGAGUGGGCUCCAGGCAGUGUCAGCUGCGACUCGAGACUGGCUCCAUUUCUGAAUCCUUCCUGAAGAUCCUGCCUUUUCAAGAUCAAGGAUCUCAGAUUCCAAUUUUUAUCAGCCCAGGGUUCCAUUUGCUGAUGUAAAGGCCCUGACUUUCAAAUCCCAUUAGAUACUCUGGAAUGGUGGAACCAGCGACUGAGUCAGGCUGAGAAGCCUUGGUCAUGAAUUCAGCUGCGCUGCUUGACUUCUGUGGGACCAGAGAAAGUCGCACCCACUCUGGGCCUCAGGGGUCAUCGAGCCCAGAGGAAGGCUCGGAAGUCUCUCUCUGGCGGGUAUGUUCUAUGACUGUUCCUUUGUAACAGAGGGCUCCUUGCUGGUGGGCAGUGGGUUACAAAUAUGUUUUUAAAAAUAUUAAAUUCCUUGUCUCAGGUACUGUUCUACUGGAGAAGCUCUAGAGUUCUACUGUCCAAUAGAAACACAAUGUGAGCCAUAUAUAUAUAUAUAUAUAUAUAUAUAUACACACACACACACACAUGCACACACCUAUAUAUGGUAGUCACCUUUAAAAAAAGUAGAAAGCAGAUGUUAUUAAUCUUAACUAUUAUUUUAACCUCAAAUCUCAUAUUAAUUAAUUAACAUAUAAUUAAUAUAAACAUUGAGAUAUUUUACACCCUUUUCUUGUGCUGAGUUGAAGCAGGUGUUCUGUACACCUCAACUUGAACCAGCCACAUUUCAAGUGCUCAGUAGCCAUAUGUGGCUAGUGGCUGCCAUACUGGACAAGAGAGACAUGGAAUACUUGUAUCGUUGCAGAACAUUCUAGUAGACAGUGCUGACAUAGAGCUGGAGAACAAGGGUUUGUAUCACAGCAUUUCUGUGACCUUGGGGAAGGUCUUUAACCCCUCAGAGCCUCAGUCUCAUAAAAUGAAUAUAAUCAUAAAUACCCAGUAUUCACAUUAGACUUGUAUAACUGACUUGCUUUUACUACUAUUGACUACUAUUAAAAUGAACAUCUACUUUC